GUGUGCCACAAAAACAUCAGUACAGAACCAUCAGAACCGUCCCUGGCUGUGAAACGUGGGAAGGCCAUGCCAGCGCAUCCCAAGGGAAGGGACCUACCAGGGCCAGUGGGUCGGUGGCAUGCGCCAAGGCUACGGUGUGAGGCAGAGUGUCCCCUACGGCAUGGCGGCGGUCAUCCGCUCGCCCCUGAGGACGUCCAUCAACUCUCUGCGCAGCGAGCACUCCAACGGUGCCGCACUCCACCCCGACGCCUCCCCGGCGGUGGCCGGCAGCCCGGCCGUGUCCCGCGGGGGCUUUGUGCUCGUGGCCCACAGCGACUCCGACAUCCUCAAGAGCAAGAAGAAGGGGCUGUUCCGGCGCUCGCUGCUGAGCGGGCUGAAGCUGCGCAAGUCCGAGUCCAAGAGCAGCCUGGCCAGCCAGCGCAGCAAGCAGAGCUCGUUCCGCAGCGAGGCCGGCAUGAGCACGGUCAGCUCCACGGCCAGCGACAUCCACUCCACCAUCAGCCUGGGCGAGGGCGAGGCCGAGCUGGCGGUCAUCGAGGACGACAUCGACGCCACCGCCACCGAGACCUACGCGGGCGAGUGGAAGAGCGACAAGCGCGCGGGCUUCGGCGUCAGCCAGCGCUCGGACGGGCUCAAGUACGAGGGCGAGUGGGCCGGCAACCGGCGGCAUGGCUACGGCUGUAUGACCUUCCCUGACGGCACCAAGGAGGAGGGCAAGUACAAGCAGAACGUCCUCGUCAGCGGCAAGCGCAAGAACCUCAUCCCGCUGCGCGCCAGCAAGAUCCGCGAGAAGGUGGACCGCGCGGUGGAGGCUGCCGAGCGGGCCGCCACCAUUGCCAAGCAGAAGGCGGAGAUCGCGGCCUCCAGGACCUCCCACUCCCGGGCCAAGGCUGAGGCCGCCCUCACUGCAGCACAGAAGGCCCAGGAGGAAGCACGCAUCGCCAGGAUCACUGCCAAAGAGUUCUCGCCUUCCUUCCAGCACCGCGAAAAUGGGCUCGAGUACCAGCGGCCGAAGCACCCGAUUUCCAGCAGUGACAUCGAGGUGGCCUCCACGGGGACGCCCCUGCAGCAGGAGAGCCCCGAGCUGUACCGCAAAGGCACCACCCCCUCGGACCUGACCCCCGACGACAGCCCCCUGCAGAGCUUCCCCGCCAGUCCCACGGCCACCCCGCCCCCGGCCCCUGCCUCACGGAACAAGGUUGCCCACUUCUCCCGGCAGGUCUCGGUGGACGAGGAGCGAGGCGGGGACAUCCAGAUGCUCCUGGAGGGCCGGGGAGGGGACUAUGCCCGCAACAGCUGGGGUGAGGAGAAGGUCGGUGGCCCCAGGGGCAUCCGCGGCAGCGCCCUCUGGAGCGGUCAGCCCGCGGAUGACUUCCGCUGCCGGGGCUCGGGCCACAAGCAGCCCAGCAACCCCAAGUCCCGGGAGCGGCGGACGGAGUCGCCCCCUACGUUCUCCUGGACUUCCCACCACCGCGCAGGCAAUCCCAGCUCCGGGGGCACCAAGCUGCUGGAGCUGGAUGAGGAGAAGCUGAGCAACUACGAGAUGGAGAUGAAGCCUCUGCUGAGGAUGGACGCGUACGUGCAGGAGGCCCACCCCCAAAAGAGACGCUAUAGCAAGGGGGUGGCCUGCCGGGGCCUGGGGGAGGACCACCGCGCCGACGACCGGGGCUUCGGGGCACAGAGACUGCGGUCCAAGUCCCAGAACAAGGACAGCGCCAGGCCGGCCCCCUGCACGGAGCCCGCGGUACAGAGGCUGGAGAGCCUGCGGCUGGGGGACCGGGCUGAGCCCCGGCUGCUGCGCUGGGACUUGGCCUUCUCCCCACCCCAGAAGUCCUCACCCGUCGCACCCGAGUCGGACGAGGAGAACGGGGACGAGCUCAAGUCCAGCACGGGCUCGGCUCCCAUCCUGGUGGCCAUGGUGAUCUUGCUCAACAUUGGAGUCGCCAUUUUGUUUAUUAACUUUUUCAUCUGAUGAGAUGUAACGUUAGCAAAAACAACGGUUGGUGUACAGAAGGGACGUAACCCACAACAAAAGGGAAGGAUCAUAACUCGGACGGCCCAACAACCACUUCCGAGUCUUUUCACAGAACAACAUGAUUGGGUAUUACUCACAGUUUGCCUUUUUUUCUGGGUAAUGUUUUUUGGAUUUUAGCCAAAAUUCUUUGCUUGUAUAACACGAUGCUGUGUGGCAUGGCAGAAGGAGGCCAGCACGCCGACCCUCCAGCUUGGUGUGGAAGGAAAGGGAUCCCAGCAAAUCAAUGGCCACAAACUCAAACGGCCACGGUCCUCGCCGCCAUCACACCCCGCCUGGGACUGGAGAAGGAGGCAGCCGGAGGAAGAUCCCCGCGUGUCCAGCUGUGCCCGGCCGAAGGGGAAGCAGCCACUGGGAGGCUGAGUGCGGGAAGUCAGCUACCUCUGCUUUUCCUCUGGGUCCCGGAGGAGCGAGCAGGGGAUGCUUACGGGCGUGCAGCAGGGGGAAGAGGGCGUGCCGUCCCCACUGGCAGGAGCCUGGGCCUCUGUUUUGAAUCUGUGCUGUGUACUUGAGGAAGCAGGGACCUGCCGCCUCUUCUCUCCCCGCCCCCCCCCGUAACGCCACACCCCGCCCUCUGCUCCCUCUGGCCUUCACGGCGAGGCUCACUCCCCACAGAGUCUGAAAGCAAAGUCCUUAUGUUCCCUCCAGUCUGCCCCCCACCGCUCCCCCCACCCCCGCCCUGACCCCCAGGAAGCAGGGCUGUGGAUGGGCAAAGGGCAGGGAGCCUUGUGGGCUCACUUAGCACAGCUGGUUCCGAGUGUGGCACCUCCACACUUGGCGUGCAGGAGGUGUCUCCGGGCUCCCUCGCCCCGUCAGACGUCAUGGCAGGGACAUCCUCCUCUCACGGUCACUAAGCACACGGGUUUUCACAUCUUUGUCCUGUGCCGGCCUCCACUCCCCACCCCCAGAUAUGCACACUCCUUCCAGAUGCCUCGUUCAUGCACCGGAGCUGGUCUGGUCCCAGGACAGGAAUGUGGGCAAAACCCAGUGGCUUAAAAAUUCCUGAGCAAUCGUAGCCUGUUCCUCUGCCCCCCACCCCCACGUAACUGGUUUCAGUCAGUUCUGCCUUCUCUACCACUGUCGCUCCAUCAUCCAAUGAAAGAACCAGGUUCCGGAAUGUUUGGGCGCCCCGUGGUCCUAGUGCUGGAGCCAGCCCUGGCCUGUGUGUAUGGACGUGUCUGUGGGCCACGGCCACGUCCAUACCCAGGCCUCUGAGCUCACGCCUGGGACGGCCCUAACCGUGAGCUUCCACAGCCGUCCCGGGCACAGCCCGGCUAUGGACUCUGCCUUGCUUUGCUUAUGUUUAGCUGUUUCUCUGCUACCUUUCAAGCAGAUUUCUUUACUACACUGCACUGGAUUGCUAUAUUUUUAACCAGAAAUAAACUAAAGAUUAGAGCAUGUUCCAGUUAAAUCCAGUUUUAUUUUUUCUGUUCUACAUUCACUCCCCAUUUCCUCUCAUUUUGUCUUAGUUUGGGGAUCUUUUUUGGGGGAGUGGGGACAUAGGAGAGCGAGGAUCCGUAAGAAAUACAUUGCUAAUAAUGUCGCUUUCUAAAGGGAAAUUACGUCUUUUUGUACAUCGUACUUUCCGUUCUUUUUUACUAUUGAGUGGUUUGCUGCAGAUCUGAGGUGAACCAAAUAAAGACUCCUCCUUGCAGCUCAGAGUCCUCCAUGCUGGGGCCUGGGUUUUAGAGUUCUGUUCGUGACUGUUCGUAAAGAUGACAGACUUUUGUACAUUCCGGUAACAGCACGACAUAAAAUGGGGCCUAGAGCUGCAGGUUACACACACACACACACACACACACACCCCGGGAGGAGCGCAGAGAAACGCGAGUCACCGCCCCGUGAAAGCAAGAGUGGUUUCAUGAUGAGGGGCUCGCAUCCCAUCACGCACCUGGCCCUGACACCACAGCUGUGACACAUCGCCCGCCCUUUCCCUGCACGCCCAGGGAAUUCCCUGUGGAUUCCACCAAGAAUACAACGUCCUGGGUCUGAGAGCCUCUAGAAGCUGACUGUUCAUUGGUUUCCCCGCUGAUCAGGGAGCAGGCCGCUCAGCAGGCACGAGCGCUUCUGGCCGCCGGGCUGGCUUUCCUACUGGCCCAGAGCCUCAGGUUCCCCCGGCAGGUGCCAGUCCUCCUGUGGGGCCAGGGCAGCUAACCUGCUUCUCUCUGCGUGUUCCUGGUGGGCGCGCAGGCGGAGCUAGACCAGGCCCCACGGGAACAUCAGGAAGCCCAGGCGUGCGUGUCAGGGCUGUCCCCCGUGGUACAAAGUGUUGACACUUUACUUACUCCCAGAGCAACCUCGCGAGAGCCCUUUUCUCCCCUGACAGCUUCUUCCAUGCUCUAGCUGUGAAAGCCGGAGGCAGAGAAGUUGAGUGACUGGAGCUCCUGAGCCCGCGCCCGUGGUGGGGGGGGGGGGUGGGAGGCGAACAAGUCACCGCUCCAUGCCCAGCUCUUGCCGCCCUCCCCGGGCUGGGAAACCUGCACUCACACCUCACCCUGAAAGACCUGGAAAGGACACUGCCCUCUGGGGUCAGUAGGUGAGCUCGUCUGUGCCCACAGAGCACCUGUUGCAUUUACCAGAAACGUGAGGAAACUUAAGACGACGGGCUACUUGUGCUUUCUGAAAUUUGCUCAGUGCCUGUCAAGUGCUUGGAUAAUUUCAAGCACAUGAAAAAUUAUCCACACUUUUAAGCUUGCUAAUCAUUAGCACAUGGGAUUCCGAAAGACACAGAGCAGGGAUGCAAUAUACAAGCCUAAGUAAUUGACAGGAAGAGGACAUCGCUGGAGAAAACUUCCCGGGAGCCACAGAAGUUCGACGCCCGUUGCCAAAAUCGCUCUCCCCACAAGUCCACAACCACAUUUACCAGCCAAUACACUCAUGUCUUGUCGAAACAACUGCGCGGGCUGUGCACGGACACACACACUGUAGGAUAACGGGCUCCUUGCCGUUUGCGACAACUCAGACUCCCCAGCAAAGUAGGAAGAACACGGGUGGGUCCCCGCAGCCUGCAGCUGCCCCUCGGGGCCCGUGUUUGAUGCCCACACCAACAGGGCAGCCCCACAUCCUGGUCCUAAAAGUGCUCCCUUUCCCUUUCAAGAGAGUCCCAGUUUGGACGAUCCAUUAUAUGGCCACCCCACUUAAAACCAAAGGAUGUUACUGAAAGCCCAGUGCAGAUACAAGACGGUACAGGCUUGAUGCGGAUGAACAUCUGGGGGAAUGAAGGAAAUAAAGUGGUGGUGUUUCUCGCAUUUUUUAGUUUGGGUUUUUGGCCACCUUUUUUUGAUCCCCCCCCUGAAUCAGCACCAGUGUUGGGGUCCCCUCUUGAGGCAGGUCUCACUUGCACCAACGGGGGGACACGCCUCGGACACCAGCAGCGCCUUCCUCCAGGGGAAGGUGCUCGCUGGAGGAUACAAGACAACACCUCUCAAGACAAAGGAGAGGGCCAACCUCGGCUCUAGAUGAAGCUCACUUUCUUCAACUCCUAUGGGUUUUGUCUUCCAGUUUUUCCUGCCUUUGGUCUCAGAAACUUAACAUAAAGGUGCCUACUAGAUUUUAAGCCUCUAUGUCCACAGCCGCAUGUGCUGCCGGGCCCUACAAUCCACGGCCAGCCCUGAGUAGAGCGGACAAUGGCUCAUGUUUUCAUGAUGUCCUGCCUCGGACAGGAUUUGCUCACGUCACUUAAGCAUAAAUGUGACGCCACAGGACCAGGAUUCCAGACAAAAGGAAGGCGUAAGAGUGAAGUGCGCUCUUGUCGGCAAACUCGAGCUGUCUUGUUAGUUUCGUUCCCUGCCCAGGCCCGGCCACGUGUCAAUGCUACUGUAAGCAAAGACUGGAAAAAUGAUCUGUCCCCAAGUGUUCCUGAGAUCCGUUCCCGGGAAGUGUCACUUAGCCUUAAAAACAGCAAGAAAAAGUGCAGUUACCCUUGUUCAACAACAGAAAGACGACGCUGUAAUUUAGUCUGAAAGCUCGGGAGACCAAGGGUCGCAGGCACCGAGAGCCUCUGCGGGAGAGAAUGGGGAAGACGCUGGGCUCCGCGAAAAGCCGCAGACAGGAGACACCAGCACGUGUGGCGCCCGGACAGUGGAGACCCCCGAGGACCCUACGCCUUCUCCAAAACUGCAGCCCACGAGCUAGGAACAAAGGGCACUUUCCCAGUCUGCGUCUGCACGAAACCCCAACACGGAGGUGCCUGAGACACAGAAGGGCCAACACGUGUUGUUCCAACUUGUUCCUCGACUUCUGAGAAGCAGGCAGCCCGGCCGGGGCCAGUCCGGGUGCGCGGCCCGGGCCCGGGCCUUCGGGGGACGGCAGAGCAGGGAGGGCAGAGAGCAGCCACCUUAUACCUACCUCACUUCUGUCGGCCCCCACCGCUCCCACCUGCCGAAGACCCAGUCACACACCUCACUGCUGCGUCUGCGCACACCCUCCCCGUCCGUGCCCCCACCGCCUGGUGACAUGGCACGGUGGCAGCCCAAACCCACGAAGGGCAGGCGGCCCCGAGGGACGGCAGGGCAGGUGUUGGCUGGGUCCCCGCUUCCCUCCACGUGCUGGGAGCAGCUGCCCCGGCGAUUCAUUCCACACCUGCUACGAAGAUCAGAUUUCAAGUCCCUUAAGAUCAGAGUUACCAUCGCCCAGCGCUUCCCGUGUGAGGACACACAUCACAGAGGAAGGCCUUUCCAUCACUGUUCAACCAUGAGGCCAACAGAACGCCUGCCGCCUGAGGGGGUCGCCCUCCCUAAACACGGUCAGUCCCCGGGGCACCCCACACCUCGCAGCCAAGUGCCCUUCAGCGAGUGGCACCCAUACCACCCGCCUGCGAAGGGCAGGAGUCGGGGGAGGGCUGCCCUCCGGUGAGCCAGCUGGGCCGGCUUCGGGCGCACGAGGUGGGGCGUCCGCCCCGAGGGGGCCCUGCCCUACCCAGCACGGUCACUGCCGCCACCAGAGCAGCGUGGCCUGCACUCUCUGCCCUACGCCCGCUGGCGGUGCGCGGCCCGGGCACUCUGCGGCUCACGCCAGUGGGGUGGGGGGGUCCCCGGGCACGGAGCCAAACCCGACAGCCGGACUCGGCUUAUUUGCACCAUUCACCAUGUCCAAAGAACCACCACCCCGCUGUAGCCUGAUCGAAAUAAAACCGACACGGCCCUCAGUGCUCAGGCGAGCGCACGCGCACACUCGCCCUCCACUAGACCGGAGACCACUCACCCUGACAGAGAUGCCUUUUUGUGAAUUCUAACAUGAAUCGGUCUCAAUCUGCAUUUUCUUUUCCCACUUUGUUUCCUGGUGCAUGUAAACUUCAAUGCAGUGCAAUCGUUUGUGCAUUGACAAAAAGGGAAUGUUGACUAUGUUUUGAUUUUUCUUAUUGAUGAAGCGGCUAAAAAUGUUACCUCGCCAUUUUAUCUUUUAGCUGGGAAAAAUAGCUUGGUUACUUACAAAGUGAAACUUAAAUACUUUUUCUUAAUGAAUGUAACACUUUAAGUCAUACCAUUAUGAUGUAUUUCGCUAUCUGAAAGCAAGGGACACUGUCAAGAUUUAAAACAAUUUUGCUCCUUUUAGUAAUA